AUGUUUCCUACUUCUACGGCUUUAAGUAUCCGGCGGUCAAGAUUGCAAAUUGAAGUGAUUAAAUUUUAUCGUGAAUGUUGUAAAGCUGUAAAAAGAAAACCACCAGAAACACAAAACAGGUUUCAACAAUUCCUAAGAACUCAGUUUCGACAGCACAAAAUUUCACCAAGGGAUCAUGCGGCAAUAGAGUAUUUGUUAAGAAGAGGGAAAAAACAAUUAGAAACUUAUCAAAGUUUAGGAAAUUUAAGUGAUAACCCUGGAGCAACAAAGCAGCGUAAACGUGUCGGUCGCGGACCUGCCUCAGGGCAUGGUAAAACUUGCGGUCGAGGUCAAAAGGGUCAAAAAGCGAGAGGUGGUAAGCCAAGACGUGGCUUCGAAGGUGGUCAAACUCCUAUUAGCGUGGCAUUUCCAAAACGUGGUUUUCAUAAUCGGGGUGGAAAAACUUAUGCACCUUUAAACCUUGAUCGUCUCCAGCAUUGGAUAAGUAGCGGUAGAAUUGAUCCCUCACAACCAAUUACCAUGAAACACCUUUUAGAUACUAGAUGUGUACAUGGUGUUAAAGAUGGUGUCAAGUUGCUGGCUGAUGGUUCAGAUUAUUUGAAAACCCCAAUUACAAUUGAGGUCGCCCGUGCUUCUCAAGCGGCAAUUAGAGCUAUUGAGAAAGCUGGUGGUAAGGUUACCUGUAGAUAUUAUAAUAGACUUGCUUUAAGGGCUACUAUAAAACCAGAGAAAUUUUGGAAGAUACCAAAAUUUGCUGCUCCUGUCAAAGCAAAAGAUAUCGAAUGGUAUUCUGAUUAUAAAAACAGAGGCUAUCUUUCUAAAAAGCUUGCUGGUCUGCCUAUAACCCAGUCAAAUGCUCAAAUUGCCGCACAUUCGAUAUAA